AUGGGUCCAUCAUUAUUAUGUGAUUUAAUUGUUUUUAUAUAUUUUUUUCGUCAUUUCAAAAUAGAAAUUUUAAAUGUACCACAUAAUCAUGUUACAUUCUGCUUACUCAUAGUAAGUUUUAUACAAAAAAAUACCGAUAUACUAUUUCAUUUAUAUUAUUUACGUUGGGGUAAUGUUCUUCUACCAACAUAUGCAUUUUGUACUAUUUGGAAUUGGAUAAAUUAUUCAUUUUAUUGUGUUACUCUACAUCUUAUCCUGUGGUGUUGUAUUGAAAGACAUUUAUUUGUUUUUCAUAGUCAAAUGAUGAAACGGAAACGAAAUUUAAUCUUAUUUCAUUAUAUACCAUUAACUGUUUGUUUAUUAUAUGUACCAUCAUUCUAUUUAAAAUUUAUUUUUUUUCCACCUCAAUGUACUAAUAUUUAUGAUUAUACAAUUGUCUAUUGUGGUGCACCAUGUUAUCUUUCUGCUGAUCCAGCUUUAGGAACAUUUGAUUGGUUAUUUCAUAUUGGUACACCAGUUUUACUUAUAUUUUUUUCAAAUCUCUUACUUUUCAUUCGUAUUAUAUGGCAAAAAAUCAAACAACAACAUCGAAUAGAUUGGGGUCGUCAAAAACGUUUAGUUAUUCAACUUGGUUUUAUUUCAAGUCUUGCAUUACUUUUCGCAUCUCCAGCAAUUAUUGUUGGUUGUAUUCAACUUUUAUGGUUACCAACAUUUCUAAGUGAUAUACAAAAUGAUUAUUUCUAUUUUAUUGGAUGUUUUAUUAAUCAAUUAUUACCAUUUACUAUUGUUAGUUCAUUACCGAAAUUAAAUCAAGAAUUAAAACGAUGGUUUGAUCGUAUAAAACGUCGAUUUCAUGCUAACAUACAAAUACAACCAGCAUUAACAAUGACUGGAAAUGAUCUUAAUUAUGGUGCAGCUAGUGUGCAUCGAAUUACUCAUCAUAAAAUCAUUCUACUACAACAAUAG